AUGUCAUCUACAGGCCUUCCAUCUCCUUCUUGCACUAAGCCCACAGGAAGCGCUGCUGCUGCCGCUGGCGGUGUGGCUGCUGCACGUUGGGAGGCUGCAAAUUGCACUAGUGCAGGUGUUGCUGCAGCACCUGCAACUGAGACUGCAUCUGAUGCUGCAGAUCCACCCCAGUCGUCGUCGAAGUCUAUGUCAUCUACAGGCCUUCCAUCUCCUUCUUGCACUGAGGCCACAGGAAGAGUUGCUGCUACUGCCGCUGGCGGUGUGGCUGCUGCACGUUGGGAGGCUACAGAUUGCACUAGUGCAGGUGUGGCUGCAGCACCUGCAACUGAGACUGCACCUGAUGCUCCAGAUCCACCCCAGUCGUCGUCGAAGUCUAUGUCAUCUACAGGCCUUCCAUCUCCUUCUUGCACUGAGGCCACAGGAAGUGCUGCUGCUACUGCC